AUGAGGCGCAUGCGCGCGGUGGGCGGGCGCUGGGGCGGCGGCGCGGUGCGGGGGGAGCGGGCGGUACUCGGGGCCGCCGCCGGGAGCGGCGGGGCCGCGGAGGCGGCCGAGGCGGGCGGCGGGCGGCAGGGCUGGCGGGGCGAGUCGCGGGGCUCGCCGCAGCAGCUGGCGGAGCGGUACGCGGACUUGGCGGCCAGCCACAGCGAGGCGCUGCGGCAGCGCGAGGAGCGCGAGUGGCACAACGCGCGGCUGCGCCAGGAGAACGCGCGGCUGCGGCUGGAGAAUCGCCGCCUGCGCCGUGAGAACCGCUGCCUCUUCCGACAGGCCCUGCUGGGGCCCGGCCCUGAUAAGCCACCCGCCGACCCGGGCGAGGAGGCGGAGGCCCUGCGCGCCCAGCUGGGGCGGCUGCAGGAGAAGCACCGCCGGGCCUUGCGGCACCUGAGGCGCUGCCGGGCCGCAGGCGGGCCCGAGGCCUCGGGAGCCGAGGACGGCGAGUUGGACGAGCUGCUGCUGGAGGAGGACGAGCAGCCGCUGGAUAAGAAGAGCCUGGUGCCGGCCGUGUAGGCGGCCCCGGUGGAGGGGGCGGCGCCGGCCGGCGCUGCGGGCCCACCCCGCCGCCACGGGACGUAUAUGCGGGAGGCACUGACCGUGAUCGAGGAGAACCAGGCUGAUGUGGGAAGCUGAGGCUUAGAACACGAGUGGAAUUUAUCACAGCGGCUGUUGUGGAGAAGAGAACCGGGGUGAACAGAACACUUUAUCUCGUGUUAUCCCACAGCAUUGAACUCUGCUUCCUCUGGAGCUGUGGAUCACCUUUUUUCUCUUUUCACCUUUCUCAACUGUCAUGUAGGCUUCAGGAGCCGUGGAGACUGACUAGUUCUUAGUAGUUGGUGUAUGUUAGGAAGAAAAGUGGAGGAAGCUUGAAAGCUUUUGUCAGUGCUCCAAUAAAAAUUGGUGAUCGUUUGAACAAUGAA